AUGCCGUGCGGCGCUGAGGCCUCGGCAGUGGUACUGCACAGUGCCCUUCGCAGGGCGGUUCUCCUCCUCCCCGUGUCCGAGUGUUACUUGGAAGAUGGAGCUUCAAAAGGUGCCUGGCUGAAUCGGUCGAGUAUUAUUUUUGCUGGAAGUGAUAAGUGGUCAGUAGAUCCUCGAGUUUCCAUUGCAACAGCAAACAGAAGAGAAUACAGCCUGCAGAUACAGGACGUGGACGUGACAGACGACGGUCCGUACACUUGUUCUGUGCAAACUCAGCACACUCCUAGAACGAUGCAGGUGCACUUAACUGUACAAGUUUCUCCGAAGAUAUUUCGCAUCUCGAGUGACAUCGUUGUGAACGAAGGGAGCAAUGUCACCCUGGUGUGCCUGGCCACGGGGAAGCCGGAGCCUUCCAUCUCCUGGAGGCACAUCUCGCCGUCCGCAAAGCCCUUUGAGAACGGGCAGUACCUGGACAUCUAUGGAAUUACAAGAGACCAGGCUGGGGAAUAUGAAUGCAGCGCAGAAAAUGACGUCUCCGUCCCAGACGUGAGAAAAGUAAAAGUCACAGUAAACUUUGCCCCCACAAUUCAGGAACUUAAAUCCAGCGGUGUGAUGCUCGGAGGGAACGGCCUGAUACGGUGCGAAGGUGCAGGAGUUCCUGCCCCGGUCUUUGAGUGGUACAAAGGAGAGAGGAAACUGAUCAAUGGUCAACAAGGAAUCACUAUUAAAAAUUAUAGUACAAGAUCACUUCUUACUGUUACCAAUGUGACAGAAGAGCAUUUUGGCAACUAUACAUGUGUCGCUGCCAACAAGCUAGGGACGACCAAUGCCAGCCUGCCUCUCAACCAAAUUAUUGAGCCUACUACCUCUAGUCCUGUCUCAAGCCCAGCUCCCAGUACAGCCCAGUACGGGAUCACCGGUGACGCCGAAGUCCUCUUCUCCUGCUGGUACCUUGUGUUGACACUGUCCUCCCUCACCAGCAUAUUCUACCUGAAGAACAUCAUUCUGCACUAAAUGUAAAGACCCAUAAAAGGCUUUUAAGGAUUCUCUGAAAGUGCUGAUGACUGGAUCCAAUCUGGUAGAGUUUGUUAAAAGCAGCGUGGGAUAUAAUCAGCAGUGCUUACAUGGGGAUGAUCGCCUUCUGUAGAAUUGCUCAUUAUGUAAAUACUUUAAUUCUACUCCUUUUUUUGAUUAGCUGCAUUACCUUGUGAAGCAGUACACAUUGUCCUUUUUUAAGACGUGAAAGCUCUGAAAUUACUUUUAGAGGAUAUUAAUUGUGAUUUCAUGUUUGUAAUCUACAAGUUUUCAAAAGCAUUCAGUCAUGGUCUGCUGAGUCGCAGACUGUAGUUUACAAAAAAAAAUAUUGCAGUAAAAAUGUGCUUCUUUAAGGCUGCAAUACAAACAUUCAGUUCCCUUCUUAAAUAGCAUUCUAUCCACAUUUACACAGAAACAUUUUUUCUUUUUUGAUUAAAAAAAAUCAAAUAAUAUUGCCUUCAAAAUAUUUCUUCAAAAUAUUACA